GAUAACCUGUGGUGGUGUGUUUGAUGGUAUAUGUCAGUUACGUGACUUACAGAAUAUUAAGUUUGUAAUUAGAGAAUCAGACUCCGAUGUCGCUGGGUUCGAGGAAGCAACUACAGUUAGUUUGAUCUCUCCGGGGAAAGAUGGAAUGGAAAUGCUUUAUGUUGCUGUUACUUAUACCGGCGAAAAUAUAAAAGACCCACUACCCUUUCAGUCUGUCACGAGAAGAAGUCUUGAGAGUCAGUCUUUAGUGUUAUCGGUGCCUGAUGAAAAACAAGGCAUUGUUUUCAGUACAAGUGCCAGUAGAGCAUUUUUUACCGUUAAGUUUGUUUCAGCGUUUGACCAUAGAGGAUUCACAUACUUUGUUACCUCACAGAAGGAGUAUUUCAAUUCUGUUUCCUAUGUUUCUAAGCUUAACAGAGUGUGUCAAACAGGCCCAAAUCUAGAUGCAUACACCGAAAUCACCAUCCAGUGCAGUGGAUCAGAUGGUAGUGGGUACAGCUUAGUGCAAGCAGCUCACUUAGGACCAGCAGGACCUGAUCUAGCGGCAUCAUUGGGUCUUCAUGCAGACGAGCAGGUACUGUAUGCUGUGUUUGCCAAGAACCAAGGAGCUCAGGGUACCAGUGAUGUACCUACCGAUCACUCUGCAUUGUGUGUGUACAGGAUGACUGAUAUCUUGGCUGGCUUCAAAGAAGCAGUGCGGGGUUGUAUUCAGGAUGGAGAUGACUACAAAAUUAGCUAUCUGCAGGCUUCUGGAUGUAAUACAUUUGAGGGUGUUCAACCCGACAACUUUUUGUGUAAUCCUGUCGCUAAUGGCAUAACUCAGCUGUACAAGUAUGCCAAAGGGAUCACUCCAGUCUCAUCUACAGCCUUGCUGGAAGUGUCAGCUACCCUGAUGUCAUCCCUUAUCACCAACAUUGAAUUCAACCACACUGUUAUAUUCAUUGGAACCUCAAGAGGAAGCUUGCUUAAAGUCCACAUUGAAAAUAAUACAUCAGCCAGAAUAUAUGAGAGAGUGCCUGUAGAUACUAGCCCAGUGUUGACAGAUAUGAAGCUAAACGACACAACAAGAGAGAUACAUGUACUCACUGAACAAAAGUUGAUCAAGAUGCGUGCCGAGAACUGUAGUCAGUACACCACCUGUGAAGCAUGUAUUGGGACUGAUGCAGGGAAUGAUGGAGACCCAUACUGUGGAUGGUGCACUCUGGAAAGAAAGUGUUCAAGAUAUUCAGACUGUGACUUGCCAGAUGUGUCUACUCGCUGGUUGGCCUACAAUGCUGCUCAGUGCAUUAAUAUUACUACUGUAGCUCCUUAUGACAGCCUUCCGAUCAAUUUCACACAGCAAAAGAUCAGCCUGAGUGUACAGCAGCUCCCUGACCUAGAGAUAGGCCAGAGUUAUAAAUGUUACUUUGGGUCAUACCAAUCUCCUGCUACAAAGACUGGUGAAAUGCUUAUGUGUACAUCUCCACCUAGCAAUCGGAUACCUGCCAUUCAGCGAGGAAAUGACGCUGUCAGCGUUGACCUGAAUGUCUAUUCAACGGAAACAAUGGUGCGAUUCAUUGAUACCAGCUUUCACUUCUACAACUGCACAUUUCAUACAUCCUGUGUAUCCUGUGUUGGUAGUCGCUGGGCCUGUGACUGGUGUGUGUUUGACAACAGAUGUACUCAUGAAAGCUCCACGUGUACUAAAGCUAAUGAAAUCAUCAUCACUGGAGAAAAGCUUCCAGUCUCAACUGUGCCAAAGGGACCUGGAUCAUGUCCACAGCUGCAAGCUCAAAGUGGUGAAGUUCUUCUGCCUAAUGGAAUCCAGAGGAGUAUUACAGUCAGGACUGAAAAUCUGCCAAAUACAACUCAGAUUUCCAGCUAUAUUUGCAGCUUGGAUGUUGAUGGAUCAUUCCAGACCGCAGUGGCUCAACGUAGCGGAACGAUUAUCACAUGUGCGCAGGAAGCUUACACGUAUUUAUCAGACAAUGAGCCAGAGCUUAAAGUGAGGCUGACUGUUACUUGGACUGACACGACUGGUGCAGCACAUAUCCUAGAUGACUUACAUGGAUUCAAUGCGACUCUGUACAAAUGCGAAGUCCAGAAACCAGACUGCAGUCGAUGUGUCACAGCCCGUCCAGAGCUUGGAUGUCUGUGGUGCGGUGCCAUGCCUACCGUGCCAGGUGUUUGCAAACUGAAUGAAAGUUGCACUGAAAAUAUUGUGACUUUGUAUAAUGGAGUGAACUGCCCGGAUCCAGUUCUCAGCAAGUUGUUUCCUUUGACCGGACCGAUCGAAGGCAACACAAUUCUUGCCGUAAUGGGAACUGACAUCGGUCGACGAUUUGGUGACGUUGUGGCUGUGAUGGUUGGCAAUCAACCCUGUGAUCUAGACGGAUUAAGCUCUGACUAUCUCAUUGGGGCAAGUGUCAGCUGCAGGACAAAACCAGAACGUGACGGAAGUGAGUUGGUCACUUUGACAAUCACAGGGGCAGAUGGUUCACAGCAGCGCAGCUCAGGAACUGUCAACUUUGAGUUCAAAAAUCCAAGGAUUACAUUAUUUGAACCUCGCCUUGGCCCAGAAGCUGGUGGGACUGCAGUCAGCGUGAAUGGUACAUCCCUCAACACAGGACGAAAUAUUGAGGCGUUCAUUGGAGAAAAGCCAUGCGUCAUAUCAUCUAGCCCAACGAAAGAAACGUUGGAGUGCACAACAUCCGCUGGACAGGCUGGAAUGGCAAGUAACGUGAGAGUUUCCUUCGAUGGUGCGAACAGAACAUCAGAUGAGAAGUUUAGUUACACAGAAAACCCUGUCAUCACUCGGGUUCAGCCACUCAAGAGCAUUUAUUCGGGUGGUCGGACGUUGAACGUAAAUGGCCAAUACUUGGAUACCUGCCAAAAUCGUCAGAUUUACGUUGGGGACAGUAGUCUGAGGUAUAAAGAGGAAUGCACAGGUGAGUCCACCACGGAGAUGCAGUGCAAGUCUCCAAACAUAACAUCACUCCGAAUGAUGAGGGAUACCAACGAAAACCUGACCUUUGGCUUCAUCAUGGACGGGGUCAGCGAACUGUUGACAUGGUCUGAGGACAACGAGAUAGAGCUGGAGUACUUUGAAGAUCCAGUGUAUGUCCCGUUUGAGAAUGGAGAGAUGGAGAAAGACGGGUCAACACUGACAAUCAUGGGUGAACGGCUGGACAGUGCAAUCACAGCGUCAGAAGUUCAAGUAAGGAUUGGGAAGGAUUUCUGUGCUGUCGACCUGGUCAGUGACACCACCUUACAGUGCAGUUUACCGGAGAAUGAACCAGCUGCAGGGGAUUUCAAAGGAGGAGACACCCAGGAAGGUUUGCCUGCGGUCUGGGUAAUUCACAGCAACCUGGAGUUUCGCAUCGGCUACAUUCGCUACCCCCUUCCAUCUGUCGUUCCCAUCAUCGUGCCAUCAGUCAGCGGGGCCAUCCUGGUGUGCAUCCUGUUUGUGGCGUUCUGUUUUGUAGCUCAGGUGUAUGGAGCCAAACGAGAGGCUAGACUGAUCCUGCAAGACAUGAGAGCUUUGGAGAGAGAUCUGGCUGAUGAGGUCAGACAAGCCUUCGCCGAGCUCCAAACUGACCUCACAGAUCUGACUAGUGACUUAGAUGGAAUCGGCAUGCCGUUUGUCAGCCACCGUGAGUACGCCACCAACAUGCUGUUCAUUGGCCAGGAAAUCACACCUGAUACUGAAGACGAGGAGUAUCCUAAUGAGCAAAUAGAGAGGGCCAUGUGUAAGUUCUCCCAACUCCUUAGCAACAAGAACUUCCUCCUCCUGCUCAUCCAAACACUGGAUGCAGAGAGCAACUCCAAGUUGUCUAUCCGAGAAAAGCAAUCCAUUGCAUCUUUGCUAACUGUCGUGAUGGUUCUUGAAAAUAAAUUGGUCUACCUCACUGAUGUAAUGAUAACACUGAUGACACAACUGAUCGAGAAUGCUACCGAUUCGAACCGUACUCGCCAGCUUUUCUAUCGAACCGAGAGUAUUUUGGAGAAGCUGAUGUCAAACUGGGUUGCUCUUUGCUUGUAUGACCAGCUGAAAAAUCACACUGCCCGCCCGCUGUUUGUGUUGUACCGAGCCAUAAAGUACCGAAGUGAGAAUGGUCCAGUCGAUGUCAUCACAGGUCGCUCACGCUUCUCGCUGAACUACGAGAAACUUCUGCAAGAAGACGUGGAGUUCAAUUCCCUUACUUUGGUUGUCCUUAUUGAUGAAGAAGGAGAAGUGAUCAAAGAAGUGAAAGUGUUGGACGUAGACACCAUCUCCCAAGUGAAGGAGAAGAUUUUAGAUGCUCUCCAUCUUAACAAACCUUACUCCAACCGCCCAAGUGCUAAUCAAGUCAGCCUUGAAUGGAGACAUGGACGGAGCGGCAAACUUGUCUUGACUGACACGGACAUGAGGCCAUUGACAGAUAAAUGGCGUCGAAUCAACAUGCUCAAAGACUUCCAUGUUCCAGACAAUGGCCUCGUGACCCUUGUCGAGAAGCAGGAUGUGCCAAAUGCUACACUCUCAGGAACAAUCCUGAGGGUGCAAGGCAGGACUUCUUACGUAAACGUGGCCUUUGACGAUGAGAAGAUCAAACGCAGGAUGAGUGCCAAGCGACGCUACACUUUGGCCGAAGUAGAGAUGCAGGAAGGAGUCAGAGAUUGGCAUCUUACCCAGGAGGAGGAGUGGCCUACAGACGAGGAAGGAGGUAGACUGAGAAAGCAAGGAGGAUGCAUCUCACUGGAUGUUGUCACCUUUAGGAACAAGAUAAAUCGUCGUAGGAUCAGGGAGAUUUCCUUCCCAAGACUUCUGUCAACCAAAGGCAUCAUCCAGGAGUAUGUGGACAACAUGUUCCAGGCCAUUCUGUCAGCCGAGACCGCCCCUAGGGCCAUCAAGUACCUGUUUGAUUUCUUUGACAAUCAAGCCUACCGACAUGAACUGUCUGACAAAGACCCUGACCUCGUUCACAUCUGGAAGAGUAACAUUUUGCCACUGCGCUUCUGGGCUAACGCCAUCAAGCACCCUGACUACAUCUUUGACAUCCGCCCAUCUCGAAGCGUAGAGGCCAGCCUUGACGUCAUCGCUCAGUUAUUCCAUGACGCACAUGAUACCAAGAGCCAGAAGUUGGGCAGGGAGACCUCCAUCAACAAGUUGCUGUAUGGCAGAGAGAGGACAAAGUAUCACGAUGACAUUGUCUCCUUCUACGAAGAAGUACAGCAGUUACCUCCAGUGCCCACUCAAGAACUGAACAAGGAACUCUACAAAGCUAGCGAGAACUUCACUGGCCUUUUCAGCAAACUGAGCACUCUGGACCAGCUAUGGAAACUGGUGCGAAGAUUCAAGCAGAAGCUCCUGGAUGCAAUAGAGGAGAAUGAGCGAUGUAAGGAGGAAAAUCUAGAUGGAUUGUUGGAGGAGAUCGAGAACAUUCUCUCUGAGGAACCAGACACCGGAGAAGCAGCUGUGUAAAGAAGUGAAUAAACCAAUCUUGCGAAAGGGGUCAAUAAGACAAAGUAACCACAACGUUUGAAGCUGGAAUUAAUCAAGAAUAGAUAUACUAUAGUUGUUAAAAGUCUUCAACAAUUCCUCUUGUAGUAUGUAUCCACGUUAUUAAAAGGGUUAUGGGUUGAUUUCCUUAAAAACUUAAGCGUUUAAUAAUUAGCAUUGCAGUCACUUAUUUUAAACUUAGUAUAAAUAUUUAACAAUCACAUAUCAAAUUUAAUCAAUCUGCAAGUGUUUUAGUGGUACAUGUCCAUCAAAUAUGAAAGGUGAAUUCUUGCAAAUCAGGUUUCUGCCUCUUUUUUUCGCAAAGGAAAAAAUUCUCCCUGUUGCAGAAGCCGGAUACGCAUUUUUUUUUUCAGUGUUGAAACUUCUUAGCAGAAAAUAGUUUUAAAAGAUGUAUGUGUGUGCAGCAAAGAUCAUCGAAAGCCAUUGAGUGGAAUUGUUUGGAGUAACAUUUUGACUACGCUUCAUGUAUGAAUAGUAGUCAUGUCGUAUCCAGGAUGAUAUUCAUUGCACCCUCACUAGCGACUUUGGAAAUGCAAGAAUAUCCGACAUUAAAUUACAGUGGAACUGCAAGUAAGAUCAGGAAAGUAAUCAGUUAAGUCAUACGAUAAUACUCGGUGAAAAAGCCAACGAGACCUAGUUUUUUCGGCUUAUUUAGGUAAUAACAGGAACUUUCUACUAGUACUCUUGUAAUAAUCAAAGUUUACCCAGAUACUGGCAAAACCUCAAAGUCAUAAUGUAAGGAGAAUUGAGGCUACGCAAGGGCUUAAAUUAGUGUUUAAAUAGAAAUAAAUCAGAAGCCGACGCAUAUAUUUUUAUGGUGGAUUUUAAAGUUUUCUUGUUGGCUCUUCAGUAUAACAAAAAUGACAACCGAUUUUUUUAACCCAAUUUAUAUUUUAAAUGGGGUUUUCUAUUGGUUAAUUGAUCUGUUAACAUGAGCAAUAUAAUCAAGCAAAAUUUAUUUGCUAUCUUCUAAUUGGAGUGUUAAUUUUUUAGAAAACGGCUGUAAUGAUAUUUCCGUAUAGGCAUCUAAAAUUUACCUUUGACCUUUCUUUUAAUUCUAUUACAAUAUACUGAGAAUAUUUUACUGUUUGAUACAACGCGAGGAUUAACCGAUUUGGAAUGUUAUUGAACGCAAUUAGUUGAGUUCAAUAUGCAUAGCUGGUUUAAUUUGAUUUGUCAAGAUGUUAAUCGGUCAAGUAACUCGUGAGAAAGUAUAAAUUGAGUUUACUUGUUCAGGCUGAAAACUGACUUCUGAAAUCUACUCACGGCACAAGUACAUGCGUGUUCAUAUUCCCACGGUGGCAUGGAAUGCGUUGCGUAAAGGGAGUGACAGCCUCGGGUAAGUUCGAGCAACGACUCUAGUUAUACGGAAUAUUGUACUUUGCUUGUCUCUUAAGAAUUAACGAGGACCUUGUAGCAAUAAAAUGACAGCUUUCCGGAGAGGAUUCCAAUUACAUUUAAUUCAAUAUACGGUAGGAUUUACGCCAGAAAUGUAUGACCAGUUUUAAUACAAGUAACCGGUUUUAUUUCUUUUGGCCUACUUUACUAGGUCAAAACUAGUUACUGAUGAAGCCAAGCUGAUUUCGAGACUUUACAUAUUCAGCCCAUAUACCAUAUUAAAUUGAGGUUGAAGCCAUCAACCUGAGGUAUUAGGGUAAAGACGGUGACAGGUGUACGCAUCAUUGAGCAAGCUACAUGCACUAUUUUGAUGAGACCAACAGCAUUUUGGGGGGCCUCGGGCUGACAUGUUGAACUGGACUGCCUUCCAUAGAUCCAAUAGAUUUAUAUCCACAAGAAAAUGUUACGAAAAUUUACCUUUUUUGCUCAACUUUCAGCACAUUUUAAUACGCUUACAGGUGCCUCACUUUGCUUGGAAAAAAUAUUGUCGAUCUUUGCAGGUCGGACUUACGUAGAGUUCAGGCCUAUAACUUAAAAAUCCCAUUUUUAAUCAGGAAAUGAUCGGAGCCGACUACCCUCUUUGUUUAUGGACGAAGUCUCACAAUGUUUUCAUUUCACUAGGCAGAAUUUCCUCUGAAAUUGUUUUAGUCGAAGUAGAGGAAAUCAGUUCGCUUGGAAUGUAAUUUGGAGAUGACAUGUCUAUAUGACGACUUGAGCAGCAAGAAGCCCUCGCCAUUUUAUGUUAGACGACGUACAUCUGAGGUUGGCAUGUUAGACUCGCUUUCUCCUUUUGUAUGAACUGGGUGCGAACCAUUUGAUUUAUUUGUUAUUUUUAUCGUUUUUGAUUGUUGUUUUUCCUUUCUUUUCUUUUAAAUACAACGAUCCUGUUGAUCUGAA